CUGGGCGAACACGCGACUCGACGCAAAAUUCGAAACAACUGUGCGCGAGUCGGUGAGAGCGGCUGUAAUUUUUCUACUUCUUAUAUAUGGAAUGGAAACGAAGUGAAAUUGAGGAAUUAUAUAUUUUUACAUAACGUAAAAUUUAGGAAUUCAAGGAAUUAGAAUAGAUCGCGAGAGGAGAGGGAUAGAGUAGAGAUAAAGACGAAUGUCCGAGUGACAGCGAGAGAGCGGCUGCUGAACUCCGAAUGGUGUUGUGAAGAAUUUUAAAUGACGAUGGCUAAGGUGUUGAAUUUGCUGAAGACGAUACGGAAUAACUGGAAGAAAUCCGUGGCGGGAGCCGCGGCCCUCUCGUACGGCGUAUCGUACGGCAAGCAGGCGUACGAUACGGAGCAACUAAUGCGCCAGAGCUGCGAAGAUAUAGCCAAAUACGGAGACGCCUCCUGCCCUACGAACAUCAAGCCCCGUCAUGUGACUGUCAUUUUGAAUCCGGCCGCCAAGAAAAGAAAGGCUAAGAAAUUAUUCCAGAAGUACUGCGAGCCUCUGUUGCACCUGGCCGGCAUCUCGGUGACUGUCAUCGACACGCAAUCGGGAAGCCACGCGCGUAACACAAUAACGAAUCUGGAAACACCUACGGACGCUAUUAUCGUAGCGGGCGGGGACGGCACCCUGUCGGACGUGAUAACCGGCCUGAUGAGGAAGUACGAGCGCAAUCUUCACUCGGUCAGACAAUGUCCCAUCGGUGUUUUGCCGCUGGGCAACACGAACACGAUCGCGAGUGUAUUUUAUCGAGGGUACGAGGAUUUGAUCGACGUACACCGCAUGAUCGACGCGACGAUGGCAGUCGUUAAGAACAAUCUCAAAUCAAUAGACGCCAUCGAGAUCAAACAGCUGAGCAGCAAUCCAGAAAAUCCCACCAAACCGGUUUAUGCUGUCGGAGGCAUAGAAUGGGGAGCUUGGAGCGACACGUACGCACGCCUUGACAAAUAUUGGUAUUGGGGUCCCUUACGCAAGUAUGCGGCUUACGUGUUCAGCGGUUACAAGUCGAACUUGAACUGGAAGUGCAACGCACUAAUGAAAUAUACAAAUCCUUGCAAAGGAUGUUCGUGUUGCUAUUCCAAAGAUUUGUCUUACCAUCAGUCUACGAAUUCGAACAGGAGAUGGUGGCAUGCAUUUCUGCCAAGAAAACAGACGUUUGUUUCUGACAAUCAUGUCGAUUAUAGUAAAGUAGUGAAUGAAGAUUGUGGCGCAUUUCAUGAGAUGCCUAUUUCAACAACCGAACUGUGCAUAAAGACCGAAAAUGUAUCAGUUCAAUCAGCGCCUUCGUUAAAAGUAACUCUAGGUCCAGAAAAUAUUAGUUAUACCGCAUUUGUUGAGAAAGGAUGGAAACAAGAAAAGGAUAAAGAACCGCGAACGAAUUCAAUAUUAGACGCAAAGGAUAUUGAAUUGUAUCCUGAAACGACGAAUUCAAACGAAGAUCGGAUGUUUUACAUUGAUCACGAAGAGUACGAAUUGAAGCCUAUUCAAAUAAGAUUACUCCCACAGUCUGUAACAAUUUUCUGUCCCGAGUCAAGCUAAUAAUACUUUAAAACAAUUCAAAUUCUAUUUUACAGCAUUUAACGCUCAUAUCACAGUGAUUUUUAGAUUACCUAAAAACGGGUAGAUGGACGAUAAAACAAACGUUGUUGAGUCAAAUGUUAUGUAAAAAAAUUAUUUAAUAUAUCUUUUCUAUAAAAAAAUAAUUUAUUGUCGGGUACAAAAAAUACUUCAACUAUAUAACGGUCGUUAAUAUUUAUAUAAUACAUUCAUUGCGCUAAUGUAAUGCAUGCUUAUACUUGUCAAAUAUAGUGCUUAUAAAAAUUU